AUGACAUGCCACUUGCUGUCUAUUUUCCGUGACGAGUUUUCUGCUUUUUUCGACUUACAUCAUUACGCAGGCAAAAAUGACAGCUAUUUAUCUUUCUGGCUAGUCUUCUCAGUGAGUGAGAGGUCCAUACGCCGUCAUUUUGGCUCCAAUGAGAUAGUUGGGGAGCAGAGUGAAGAAGAAACGAACAACUUUGGAGAAUUGUUGAAGAUUCGAACUGUUUCUGUUAUCGGACGUGCUUCACGUGAAGACAAGGGAAUGAAAUUGCGCAUGAGCGUCGAGGUACAGUUAUAG